AUGCAUCUUCCAACAGAGUUACAAAUACAAUGCCAACGACUUGUAGGCCUAUUGGCAGGGCGGUCAGCAACAACUGAGAAGCUUGACUCCGAAGCUUCUGACUCUGGAGAAAGGUUUGUCUUGCUACAACGCGAGGAUAGGACAUAUCAUUAUUGGAAAGAGUUUACAGAAUUGCUUCGAAUAUUGUCGCUUACUGCUACGAAAGAUCAAGAAGAUGAAGAUAAAAGCGCCUUUUUUGACGCUUUUGAAAGUUUGACUACUUUACGAUCGUUACAGGAGGAAUUCUCAUCUUCAUCUUCUUCUAAACACUCGAAGGCUUACGUUGAGUCGUUACUCCAAAAGCAAAACCAUUUUUCUGAGGAAAAUUUGCAACUAGAAGAAGAGAUAUUGGACCUCAAUCAAAAUAUUCAGAAGGAACGUGUUUUGUUGCAGUCGAUUGAGCCGGCAUCCCAAGAAGUUGCCGCGAAUCUUUUGCAGCAUUCUUCUAAAAAUGACGUCUAUCGUGAUUCUAUGGAAAGUACCCAUCAAGAACUGAGGAUGGAAAAAAGUCGAUGGGAAAUCUUACGCAACGUUGUUCAAGUGAUUAUCUUGGAAUCUGGUUUAUCUUUUGCUGACAAUGAGCACCUACUUUCCAUCAUGGAAGAAUGUGGGGAGCAAAACUAUGAUCAUACAGUUUAA